AUGGCGCCUUCCAAGGGAAAUUUCGCCCAAGACCGCCUCAGCGGGUGGUUACAAGAGCGCUGCGACUUGACUGAGGGCUCCCUUGAUUCUUAUUCCAUUUCCCAUCUCGGCACGCUUGAGAAUACUGAAGACAUGUCUUCGCUUCAUCGACAGGUGGUUUCUUCCCAGAGUGGAAUACAGACAACUCUUGUUACCCGACCUGCUACUCGACCUCCAUCAAGUCCUCUAUCGCAAGGGUCUCUAGCAGAUGCUCAACAGCCGACCACCCCCCUCAGGCCCCAGAGUACCACACCACAGUCCUCCCCAGGUCGCGCAAGUCACGACUUCACAUCAGUAGCCAAAGGCCAAAUGGCCGGAGAUUAUCCUGCAGAUCAGUGUUGGGCAUGCGAUUUCGACUGUCCCCCACCUCACCAUUGCCAUGUUAUCGCAAUUUGCGAUCGACAGCCCAAAAUAUGGGUGGACGCCAAUGCAUUCCCUUGCAACUUCAUCAAGAAGAAUUCCUCCAACGGAGUAAUGCUGUGUCCAAACUGUCACGCUCUCUUCGACGAUGCCUAUGACCCCAUGUUCGUCUUCUUUCCGACGGACUUGCAGUACUUCAUCGACUACGAGAAGCGCAACGCGAAGGAGCGGCAUACAGAGGGCUAUGGCGGACCACGUCGCGUCCCAACCGCGGUAGAGUAUCGGCAAUACCAAGAGGAUCGAGGAGAUCUCCCCCUUGGUCAGAAGGGCGGGCUGUAUUUCAGAACUUUCUUGACGGCAACAGCCCCAGAGAACUACCCGAGAUUCAUCAGAUAUAAGACUUGGCAUGGAGAACCAAUGUACGCGAUACGACGUGCUUUUCACCUGUUGGGCACUCCUCGGGUCAACCUACUCCCUACAAAGAUCCGCCAGCGUCUCCUCGAACUUUUCGAACUUUACUUCAUCGAUGACCCACAGAAUUGUCAUUAUUGGGAACCUGCAAGCACCGCGGAAUCGACCAACGAGUCUCCCAAACCGUCCAGCGAUAACCGAAGCGAUGGCCGUAUGGACUGCAGUGAUUCACAGGGUGGCGCUCCCAAGCGACGCAUCGCAGUUGAUCCCGGUGACAACGACAUGGAAGAUAACCCCAGUCCAUCAAAGCGACAAAAGGACGGACCCGCAGACAUCGCAAGCAGUAGCUUAGGAUAUCCAUACCCGCCAGUGGAUGACUAUGACUGGACCAACGACUGGCUUUUUGGACCGCAUAGAGCGACUGAAGAUACGUUGCGGGCGUUUUCUUAUUCUUUUGCCGAGGCUUGA